AGAGUCGGUUCCGGAAGCUGUGUUGCGUGUGGCGCAGCUUGACAGCGCCCCCUGGAGACGCGGAGCGGCCAGAAGGAGGUGAUCGCGUCUCCUGCCUGGUGACUAGCAGCACCAACGCCCAUAAAUUGGACCCAUCCAGGAAAUGAAGCCACUUUCUAGCAGAAGCGCCGCUUCGUCCCGUUAACUCCGCGGCUCCCGCAGCGCCCCGCACCGCAGCCCGUUUUCUCCCGCCCUCCUCUCAGCAUCCUCCUCUCCACUCAGCUGCUGUUUCCACCCGGUUCGGUCCAGUUUAGGUGCGUUUCCUCCAGAACCAUGCCGACCCAGAUCGAUAAAGAUGCCUGCAGAGAAGCUUACAACCAGGUUCGAGACGACAACUCGGACACCAGCUGGGCGGCGUUCAAGUACGAGGACUCCGUCAUCGUCCCGGCGGGCGUGGGGACCGACUACCGGGACUUCAAGCAGCUGUGCACAGACGACGUCCCUCUGUUCGGCUUCGUUCGCUUCCUGACCGGCGACGCCAUGAGCAAACGGGCCAAGUUCACCCUGAUCACCUGGAUCGGCGAGCGGGUCGGCGGCCUGCAGCGCGCCAAGAUCAGCACCGACAAGACGCUCGUCAAGGACGUGGUGCAGAACUUUGCCAAGGAGUUCAUGGUCAGCGACCCGCGGGAGCUGGAGGAGGAGUACCUGUGCUCCGAGCUGAGGAAGGCCGGCGGCGCCAACUACGACGCUCAGGCCGAGUAGAGGAGGUCCAGUGGAGGGAACCGGGUCGGGGAACCGGGUCGGGGAACAUGGACAGGGGGGAGGGGGGUUGGGGGGGCUACAGGUGACCAAUAAACCUAGAUUUCUACGCCGCUUGAUGAAAACGUGAUCCUACAGGAAACGCCGUCUGCCAGGUGUUCCCACUUUAACCAGUCGGUACCAGAACCAGCACAGCUCUUACUGGGGAAGCUGGGAUUACUGGGCGCUAAAUGCUAGCCUAGCUUAGCUCAUCACCAGACUGGGAAUCGGGGAUCCAGCCUGGAGCUUCAGUUUGUUUUAAAAAUGAUUCAUUUCUUCCACUUGUUUAUGUAAAGCUAACACCGUUAGCUGAAAAUGCUAAUGCUCUGACCAAGCUAACAGCUGAAGCCCCCAGGUCUUAAAGGGGAAGUUCAUGUUCUGUGAAAUGUGUGGUUAUUGUCUUCAGCUCAACAAUCGUUUUCUGAAUGUUUCCACUCAAUUUAUCUUUUCUAAAACUUCGUACAAAUAUUUAGUUUGGACUUGUUUUAAAAUCUCUAGCCAUUAGCUGUAGCCUGUGGAGAAGCUAGCUUGUAAAGUAAUAUAGUUGGUACCCAUAAGCGCUCCGUAGAACCCCAUUUCACCUGACAUUUGGGUUUUAUCGGCACCUUAAAGACGCCCGUCAUCAACACGCCGCCGUGACCUCUGACCUGGACCAGGAGGGAACCUGCAGCCGUUAGCUUUAGCUCCCGUGUUGCCAUGGAGACCAGCAGCUGCUUCAGGACUCGCUCUGAUCGGAUCAUGCAAACGGUGACGGGUGGCGAAGGCUGCCUUAGUGGAGAGAGGUGCAUCAUGGGAGCUGGAGGACGCUGCGCUGUGAUUGGCUGCUCCUGCAGGAUGUGAGGCGCUUGGUUUUGUUCUGGUCCAACUCUUCCUGCCCCCAAGAAUAAAGAAAACAUCAUUUUUCUCUC